CUUGUAGUAAAAUGUAUUUGAUGGAUUGUACCGCUUAGGUUAUGUAGGUUAAUUCAGAGAACCUUAUGAGAAAAUGUAUCGGUUUUUUAAUAUAAAUAAGUCUUUAGUUAAUUUAGAGAAGUUAAACCUUAAGUUCUUUUGUAGAAAUUAUAGCAGCACACCUGCAGUAAAGGUUAAAGAAGAUGUAACUGAAAUGGGAAAAUAUUUUGAAAAAAUCUCGCUAAUAACGCCUAGAAUGCGAAAGAAACAACCCCAGAAACCUCCCUUUGCCAAAAAUCUAUUUGUAGGAGUCUAUGACACAGACGUACUCACGUACCCACAAUUAAACGGCGAAGAUACGCAAACUUUAGAAAAGCAAAUUAGUCCGGUGCAAGUGCGCUUUGAUAAUUUAUCAGCUAAAGAAUCUUUUCUGUCGCGUGAUUUCAUGGAGGUUCUUAAAAACCUACAAUUAUUUGGAAUGCAAUCGUCCCAGUUACAUAAUUGCCGUGAAUUAAAUGUGACGGAGCAUUGUAGAUUUAAUGAAAUACUGUCGACUGUUUCAUCUACCGUCCCAGGUUUAAUCUAUAACGAAUUUUUGGGUAUUCACGCAUUAGAGAAGGCAGGAAGUGAUGAACAGAAAAGUAAAUACUUGUCACAACUUCAUAAUGGAAACAUGUUGUCUGCUUUUUGCAUGACUGAAUCUGAAAAUCAAGAUGUAUCGUCAUUAUCUACAACUGCAAAGUUGAACAGGGAUAAAACAGAAUGGAUUCUCAAUGGUACUAAAACCGGAGUGAUUAAUGGAAGUAUAGCCGGGUUAUUUAUUGUAGUUGCAAAGACGGCCACUAUCGGCAAUAAGGAAACGCGAGAAGCCAAAUUGACCACAUUUCUAGUAGAGAAAGACUUCGAGGGAAUUACAAUUAACUCAAACAAAAUGUUGGGGAUUGAAGGGACAGACGUGUGUGAUGUCACCUUUAGGAAUACUCCUGUUCCAAAAGAUAACAUACUAGGCGAAGUUCAUUCGGCCGAAAUUCUGAUAUCGUCAUUAUUAACACAAUUCCGUCUCAGCUGCGGACCUGCCUGUUCAAUACUCGUUAAAAAACUUCUCAACGAUCUUACCAAGCAUUGCACACAUUCAAAUAUUGGACAGCUGAGUAUAUCUGAAACUGAUUACGUACGUUCAAUUGUAGCCGAAAUUACCCUUUCUGCGUAUGCCAUAGAAAGUAUUACAUAUUUGACGUCUGGUUUGCUAGAUGAAUAUGAGAAUCAAGAUUGUUUAAUGGAAUCUAGCAUUGUGAAAAUUUUCGGUGCAGAGCAGGCUUGCUCAUCUGCCUCCAAGGUGAUGGAUAUAUUGGGAACCCCUUCGUAUAAAAAAAAUCAUUGGUGUAAUGAACUGUUAAUGGAUGCUCUCAGCUAUAAGUAUUUAAAUGAAGUUGGAGAAAAUCUAAAAAUUUGGAUUGCUCUGUUAGGAUUAAAUCAUGCUGGUAUCAAAAUUCAAGAAGAUGUUCGUAAAUUGCGUAAUCCUUUAUUUUAUGCAAAAGAUAUUUUUAAGCGUAUGUGGACUCAUCGGAAGCAACAAAUGGAUGCUCCUGACUUAAAAUUAAGAUUAUGUGAUUAUGUUCAUCCUUCGUUGCGAGAAUCGGCAAAUCGUUUAGAAUAUUGUGUGCUAAGAUUACAAUUUGCUACAGAAACGCUCCUAGCUAGGCAUGGUCAAGAAGUUGCGAAUCAGCAUAUGGAUUUAAAGAGAUUAGCAGAAUGUCUAAUAGACAUCUAUGUUAUGACUGCAUGUUUAGGGAGGGCUUCACGUUCUUAUUGCAUAGGUUUAAGAAAUGCGCAUUUUGAAAUGAUGCUGGCGGGUUCCUAUUGUGCAAAAGCAAUGCAAGAGGUUAAAGUAAAGCUCGCACAAAUAUGUGAUGGCCCUUUUGCUACCAACGAUGAAAAUUAUCGCACAAUUGCAAAAAGUGUCUUUAAGGACGGAAAAUACCCUUUUGAACAUCCACUAGCAAGAAAUUUUUGAAAUAAAUUGUUACAUUUUUACGUAUGUGAUUAAAUGAUUUGAAACGUUA